AUGUCAAAUACGUAUUCCGAAGAUAUCCUAAAUGAUCCACAUCAAGCCGGAUGGGUUGGUGCCGCAACUAUGCCAGGCCCGGUUACCCGGCUUCCUUCAGGACAAUCCAUUCCUCCAUGGGCGACAGAUGCAUAUAAUAAUCUUAAACCUUUUGCUUCUAAUAUUAAUACACCUGCUUCUGAAACUGGAUUAUCAAUUUAUGAAAUACCACCAAUGCGUGAAAAUAAUAAGAUUGAAUUUGAGAAUCCUUCAUUAGCACGCGGGACAAAGGAUGCUAUCAUUGGAAAGAUUAAAGAAACAAUAGGUAAACUAACGCGUAAAGAAUAUUUAAAAGAAUCUGGAAAAGAUCAAAAAAUGUGGGGAAAACUUGAAAUUAAAGCUGCUAAAUCUGAAGGCACCACUAAACGAAAGU